AUAAACUUUUCUUCUCCAAGAGGCAAAAAAAACACAAACAACAAAAUCAUGAGAAGAUCUGAUCACGCGACGCCGGCGUUUCCCGGCGUUUUGCCGAUUGUUUUCUUGCUAAUAUUAUCAGUGGCGGAGCUUGUGGCGGGUCAGGGCCAGCCUGAUCCGAGAGAUGAAAGGUAUAACUACGGUAACUUAAGUCCAGCCAUGGCGGUGAUCGUCGUGAUCCUCAUCGCAGUUCUCUUCUUCAUGGGCUUCUUCUCCAUCUACUUCCGCCACUGCUCCGGCGCACCCGACGCCGGAGUUUCGCCGGCUGGUGGUGGAAGAACCAGAGGAAACGUCACCGCGGCGGCGCGUGGGCUAGACGUUUCCGUGGUGGAGACGUUUCCUACGUUUGUCUACUCGGAGGUGAAGACGCAGAAGCUCGGGAAAGGGGAGCUGGAGUGUGCGAUCUGUCUGAACGAGUUCGAAGACGACGAAACGCUGCGUUUGCUGCCUAAAUGCGAUCACGUGUUUCACCCUCACUGCAUCGGCGCCUGGCUUGAGGCUCACGUGACUUGCCCCGUUUGCAGAACGAAUCUCGCCGAGCAAGUAGCUGUCGAACCGGAUCUUGAGUUGCGGGAUGUGGUGGUGGAUCCUGAACCGGUGGUUGCUUCUCCUGUACCGGAACAAUCGGUUACGAAUGAAGUCGAUUCGAGGAGAUUACCUGGUGUACCGGUGGAUGUUAAACGAGUCAAGUUUUCGAGAUCGCAUACGACGGGGCACUCGGUGGUUCAACCGGGAGAGUGUACCGAGCGGUUUACUCUCCGGUUACCUGAAGAGGUGAGGAAGAGGAUGGUGGAAAAUUGGAAACUGAACCGGUCGGAUAGUCUUACUAGGGGAGGGAGUUCGAGAAGAGGUAAACCGAUUGACCGGUCAAGGGCUUGGUCUGAUCGUUGGUUGUUCCGCAAAACGCCGUCGUUUCUGUGGAGGAGUCGUGAUGAUGGUUCGAUUAGGCUAGGUGCUACCGGUAGCGUUAGAGGCAAUGCUGUGGUGAAUUCAACCGGUGAUUCGGUACGGUCAGACCGGUGGGCUUUACUUAGAAACGGGUCGUUUCUGUGGAGGAACAGUUCGGUGCAUGUGCGAAGAGGAGGAGGAGUCAAUAAGGACGGCGAAGGAACUUCGGUUAAGUCAACCGGGACAGGCGGCUCAACCAAUGGUUCGAUGAGGUUACCGGUUUAGCUGACUUUUCUUUAGCCGUAGCUACUUUUUUUUCUUAUCUUUUUCAUUUUGUUUUGUUUUGUAUGAUUGUUGAUAAAACACGCAAUACAUUUUCUUAAUUUUUAAUCGUUAAAAUUUGUAUUCCUAAAUUCUGCAACGUACAUAUGAAUCAAAGUCAAAUCCA